CGCAUACUUUUAUAUAUAAAAUAUUAUCAAUAAAAUUGUUAUUUUUAUAUUAAAAAAAUAAACUUAAUUAAUUACUAUUUGUGUAUUUUAGUUUUUAUAUCAAAACAACAAUAAAUGAGUGAGAUGGUGAUGAGAUUAAGAGGAGGGGCGUGGAGUACAUUUGCAAAUCAUUAUUCAUCCAAUUAAUUAUAAUAAUCAAAUAAGAAAUCAAAUCACAUAUAAAUGGCUGCUACUCAAGGAGGUUCUUGCGGCGGCGGCGGCGGCACGUACUGGAGUGCUAGAGAGAACAAGGCGUUCGAAGAGGCGCUGGAGGUGUACGACCAGGACACGCCGGACCGGUGGUACAACAUUGCGAAGCUGGUGGGAGGCGGGAAGACGGAGGAGGAGGUGAAGAGGCACUACCAAAUCCUCGUGAGGGAUAUCAACUUCAUUGAGUCCGGCCGCGUCCCCUUCGUCUCGGCUCUGGUGCUAUGAGAGAGCUAGAUUGAGGUUCUU